CCAUUUCUUCUAGGGCUUUGUCAUUACUGGGAGAAGGAGACGAGACUCAGCCUUUCUGAUUGCUCUACUUCACUUUCCUUACUUUUUCCUCACUUUCUAAAAAAUUCCAAUCCUGCCAAAGUCAGAGAGGCGAGAAAUGGGGCACCACUCGUGUUGCAACAAGCAAAAGGUGAAGAGAGGGCUCUGGUCACCCGAGGAAGACGAGAAACUCAUUAACUACAUUACCACCUAUGGCCAUGGCUGCUGGAGCUCCGUCCCUAAACUAGCAGGCCUGCAGAGGUGUGGAAAGAGUUGCAGAUUAAGAUGGAUAAAUUAUCUAAGGCCUGACUUGAAACGAGGAAGCUUUUCUCCCCAAGAAGCAGCAAUAAUCAUUGAGCUCCAUAGCAUUCUAGGCAACAGGUGGGCGCAGAUAGCCAAACAUCUUCCGGGAAGAACAGAUAAUGAGGUGAAGAAUUUUUGGAAUUCAAGCAUCAAGAAGAAGUUGAUGUCACACGAUCAUGCUCCGGCAUUAACCUCCGUUGCCGACGUUCGCAACCCUAUUCCGCAAGAGGAAGGUUUCUUCACCUUAAAUGGAAACCCUAAUUUGAUCCUUUCUCAACAGGACCAGCUCUACCCUUCCUCCCCCACUCCCAUUUUACAGAGCUUUGCACAUGGAGAGUUCAAGCCAAAUCUGAACAACUAUAACAUUGAUUUCAUUAAUCAUUUCCCGGUUCCGAUGAUCCCACCACUGUCCAAUCCACCUUCCUACGAUCCCACAGCAUGGUGUUUGUCAUACGUCCCUCAAAGCCUUAACCAGAAUCAAGAAGAUCAGGAUCAGACUUUUAGCAACGAACUAGCCACCAAUAUUUUCGGCGAAAAGUUCAUCAAUCCAACCGUCGCCAUAACCACACCUUAUGAUAAUAAUCCACUGAUGGCGGCAGCUUCAGUGCCUAAACUCUGUGAAAUCCUUGAAGGAAACGUCUGCAGUCUUUCUCCGGCCGCAUCAGUUUCACUAGAAAUCGAUCCGCUCCCAUCCAAACUCUCCUGCUUUCCAUCUGGGAAUUUUCCACAUGACCAUCCCCAAAUGGAGUAUAUUGAUCCCAACAUGGCAUCAUCACUGCCAUCAUGUUCCUCAUUAUCAGCAUUAUCAGGCAGGCCAUUCACGACGAACCCCAAUCUUCCUUCUAGCAGCUGGGAUCCAUAGACAUGUGAACGUGUGGAAUUUUGUGGUGGAUGACUCUCAGCAAGGUGCUGAUGGUACAUAUAUAAUUCCAACAUAUUUAGCUUCAAACUGGUAUCAAAGUGCCAUAAUAAGCUAAGAAACUAGUGUCUUUUGUUUACCAAGUAACCUAUAUUUUUACUAAGGAAAAAUUACUUCAGGGAAAAGGGAUUUUGAAGGGUAAUUAGGAAGAAACUUGAGUUCCGUAUAAUAUGAGUUAUACUCGAAUAGAAUGAACAUGAUUUU